CAGACGCCGGCACCCACAAGGGCCUCAAACUCAUCUACUCAAGCCCCGUCGAGCUUCCAUUUUCCUCCUAUCUUUGGUUGUAAGCAGUAUCUGCGGCCAGUACCUUAUACGACAAGGGACACGGCACGGCACAUGGCAUGAACAAUAUUUGUCACAGGCAUCAGAAAUCAUCGACAUCGUAAAGGAGGAAUCAACCAUGGCGAGUUUGGGUCGAUCAUUCAAACCGCCAGCGUACUUGCGGGCGCGAUCCCGACCUGCAAUGACUGGAAGAACCUUGUCCAACUCUUCAGAUAUAUCGGUGGUCUCGACAGGAUCUCGCUCCGACGCCGACGACCUGCUCAUGUCCGGGCUCAAUACUCCAGCGCACGAAAUUCCAAAGUCAGGACAAGAUGGGGUCAAGAUGCCAACGGCCCCCGACUUGUGCUCCCCCAAAGGCGAAUCAUCCGCACCAUGCCUUCUCGACCUAUCUUCUCUUCAAUCUGCACGAUACAAUCGAACUCGCUCUAUUCCCCUUGACCUGUCGCCCACGACUAGUACUCUUCGAAAGAUAAACUCGGCUCCUGCCUGCACGCCCACACCUCCCGAUCCUUUGUCAGCCCGUGGCGACGUCCCUGGUGGUUACUUUUCGUUCCACGAAGAUAGCAAGGGUUCUACCUCUCGCCCUCAAUCCACCAGAACCGAAGGUCGACUGCCUAAGCAUAAGGCCUCUUCUCUCACCGUCGAUUCCUCCUUUCAAGCCGACCUCCGUGGCGCUUCACGACCUGCAGCCAUGGCGCCAUCAAUCCACCUCUCUCCCAUGAGCGCUGUCGACGUCUCAGGACCAUCCAGCGUCAACACACCUGUUACUUCGUACCUCCCUAGCGGCGUUCACGAUACAUCCUUGCCAAUGGGCAAGUACUACCCUUCGAACUACGAACAGAACAGCAGCCAAGACGGCCGCAUAGGGCCUCCCGGGCCUCCGAGCCGUGUAUCGUCAACAAGAUCAGAGGGUCACAUUCCUACGCGCGAGGCCUUCAAGUCAUCUUCACGACAAGACUCGGAAGUUCGCCGUAAACUCCAACAAUACCAACGAGACAUGAUUGCCCAGGCGAGAAUCGCGGCGAGCGAAGUGCUUGGAAGUUCACCCAGUCAAGGCACUGCGGCGGUUCCCAGCUCCACUAUUACCUUGAAUGGGGUACCCUUGACGAGCCUACACCAUAUCGGAAGCACUGGCGUGCACAAGCCCAUCUCACCGAGACUUUUGCCACUGGGAAGCCCGGGACCCGUGACGCCGAUGGAUCUGGAAGGAGGACUGGGGCAGGGCGGAUACCUCGAUCGGGGUCGCAAUGAUGAGAUUGCCCGAGUAUUGCGGGCCGAGGAAGACCGUAUCCGCCGGGAGGGAGCAACUUCGCCGGCGGUGGAAGCGGGUCCGCAAGUUUUCUGAAAAUGGUGGCAAAACUAUGAUGCCAGUGCUUGUCGGCGUUGGAGAUGGGUGGCGUGGUCCAACCUGGGGCCACAUCAUCUCAGUAUGACGACAGUAGAUGGCAAGGGGAGGAAGACAAGACACACAAAAAAAGGAAACGAAAUGGAGUCGGCAAGGUCAAGACGAUCGUUCAUGGUUAUGAUACCCUCUGGUUAUUACAGCAAAGCUUGAUUUUCUUAUUUAGGAUUGGGGAAAAAAAGAACAGUUUGGUGUUUCCAGGUGGAUGAUUCAUCUGAAGCCGAGGCAGCCAUCUGUCAUUGCAUAGA